AUGUUGAGCGCUUUUAGUACGGUUGCACCAUACUUGAAAUUCAAUCCGACAUAUGUGAUCGUCGAUAAUUUUGUUUUUAAAUUGCAUUAUCGAUGGACAUUCAUAAUUUUGUUGGUGGCCACCAUUUUGGUGAGCAUGCGUCAAUAUUUCGGUGAACAUAUCAAAUGUAUAUCGGACACCAUACCGCCGCAUGUCAUAAACACAUAUUGCUUCUUUACGCCUACCUUCACGCUGGUGCGUCAUCUGAAUAAUAGCGCUUUGGAGAAGGGCAUCAUAUUUCAGCCUGGCAUUGGACCCGAAGAGUCGCAACAUGAAGAAAUCAGACGGCACGCUUACUAUCAGUGGGUGCCCUUUGUACUCUUCGGUCAGGCAUUGCUCUUCUACAUCCCGCAUUUCUUGUGGAAAAGUUUUGAAGGUGGCCGUAUUAAAGCACUCGUCUUCGGUUUGCGUAUGGUCGGUCUCUCACAGUAUUUAAAAGAUGAAAGUCUUAAAAUUGGAAAAAUCAAUAUACCUUCUAUGGAGGAGACGGAGUCACGUGUGAAGAAUAUACGUCGUGCCAUGAUCGAUCGUAUGCGCAUCAAUCAAUCGUGGGGUGCACAUCUGGCUUUUACCGAAUUCCUGAACUUGCUGAAUAUUUUACUUCAAAUUUAUUUGACAAAUCGUUUUCUUGCCGGCGCCUUCUACAGUCUGGGCGUUAAAGUUAUACGAGAGCGUUGGACCGAUCAAAUGGAUGCGCUCGAUGUGGUGUUCCCGAAAAUCACCAAAUGUCAUUUCCGGAAAUUCGGUCCGAGCGGUUCACUACAAAUGCAUGACACACUCUGUGUUAUGGCAUUAAAUAUCAUCAACGAAAAGAUUUAUGCGGUCCUAUGGUUUUGGUAUCUGUUCGUGUUGAUUAUGACGAUAAUGGGACUAAUUUGGCGUUUGAGCACAUUUUUGUUGUAUAGAAAUGUUCGUUUUACAAAAUUAACUUUCGCCUACUUUGCAAGGCCCGGUCGCAUCGAUGAACAGGAAUUGGCCGCUGUGGUGGCAAAGUGUAAUUUCUCGAAUUGGAUGUUCUUAUUCUUUCUACGCAGCAAUAUUUCCGAAUUUCUUUUCAAACGUGUGAUUUUCCAUUUAGCCAGCGAGAUGCCUGAUCCUGAGAAAGACAACAGUAUCAACGCUUUCCUGGAUAGAGAGCACUCGGCAGCCAAGGCGGGACCAAGUGGAGUAGCACAUACAAUACAACUUGAUGAAGUCGAUACUCCGCUACUGAGUAGUAAAGUUGGUGCUAAGAUUGAUUAGAACUCCACUAUAUUGAUUUUUGUAUGACACAGCAAUUUAGAUAUAACCUUGAGGUCAACGACUUUCUUAUAAAGUGUAUAAUUUAAGUUUUCCAUGUUUUUUUAUCUCCAAUAAGUUACUGGUUUUAUUUCUAAAACUAAUCG